GAGAGUGCCUUUAGUCUCGGCUGGAAACCCAUUGCGAUCAGAUCAAUCGUAAUCUGCCAAGAUGCUGACGGAUCCGAAGCUGUUAAUUCUCCCGCUGCUGCUGCUGUUGGUGGCACAACGAGCUGAUGCUGCGCAGAUCAGCUUCGGCAGCUGCACGCCGCAGGAGAGUGGGGAGCGCGGCUUCUGCGUCCACAUUGAGAGCUGUCCCUUUCUCUUCACUAUCCUGAAUACGGAUAAGACGACCCAGGCGCAGCGCACACUGCUCUCAAAGAGCCAAUGCGGUUUGGACAACAGGCGCGAGGGCCUGCUGAAUCGCAUUCUGGUCUGUUGUCCGGUGAGCAAACGCAGUGGCCAAAUCACGAAUGUCCACACAGCGGCAGAGGAGCAGCUGCCGGCCAACGUUCUGCCCGGCAAUGAGACAUGUGGCAUCCAUUUUGCCGACCGCAUAGUGGGCGGCCGCAAUACCACGCUCUCGGAGUUCCCUUGGAUGGUCCUGCUGCAGUACAAGAAGCUUUUCUCCGAGGAUUAUAGCUUCAAUUGUGGCGGGACUCUGAUCAACUCCCGCUAUGUGCUGACUGCCGGCCACUGCCUGGCCAGUCGUCGCUUGGACAUGUCCGGCACGGUCCUGCAUGCGGUCCGCCUGGGCGAGUGGGACACCAAUACGGACCCCGAUUGUGUGACCGAAAAGAAUGGCAAGACGACAUGCGCCCCCAGGCACAUUGACAUUGAGGUGGAGAAGCGAAUCAUCCAUGAGGCAUAUGUACCCAACUCCAUUGACCAGCUGAACGACAUAGCCCUAUUGCGUCUCAAGCAGAGUGUCAGCUACUCGGAUUAUGUGAGGCCGAUUUGUCUGGGCAUCAGUGGCGAUGUACGGACGAAUCAAUUCGAGGGCUAUGCCAUGGACGUGGCUGGCUGGGGCCUCACCGAGAAGAAGGUGCCCAGUCCACGGAAGCUGAAGAUCACCGUCGAUGUGUGGAACCUGAAGACGUGCCAGGAGAAGUACAGCACCUACAAGGUGAAUCUGAACGAUAAUCAGCUGUGUGCCGGUGGCAAGGCGAAUAUCGACACCUGCGGCGGCGACUCUGGCGGUCCCCUGAUGGUGGCAAUCAACACUGGCGGCAGGGAGGUGUUCUAUGUGGCCGGCAUCACCUCUUACGGUCCGGAUCCGUGCGGCCUACUGGGCUGGCCGGGUGUUUACACCCGAACUGGGGCAUUCACCGAUUGGGUACAGCGUAAAUUAGAGGCAUAAUAAAUACUGUUGCUAAUUUA